GUCUAACAAUUAGAUCCCGUCGAGCAGAUUUUCCGAGGGUUCCGAUCGACCGCAGCGGAUUGCAUCGAGACAUCGACUUCGACGAACACACUUCCUCGCGACCAGAGAUGCGCUCCGACGAGCACACGUUCGGCACCGACGGCGUGGAGCUGCAGUUCUUUCACGGGCACGACGUCGACGAGGACGAGGACGGCAGCACCAUGUUCGCGGACGAGGAAGCCUCGGCAGAGUCAUCAUCGGCGACGGCUCUGGACGCGGCGAAGCGGGCGGCGGUGGGAGUGGGCGCGCGGGUGCUCUUCUACCCGAAGAUGGCCUACAAGCUGGUGGCCGGCCGGCCUGCUCGGGGUAAAGCCUCGGAGGAGCCGUCGUCAUCGUCGGCGACGACUCUAGACGCGGCGAAGCACGCGGCGGUGGGCAUGGGCGCGCGGGCGCUCUUCUACCCGACGCUCGCCUACAGCCUGGCCCGGUACCGCCUCUCAUCCGAAUUCCACUGGUGGAACCUCAUCGAAGGCACCCACAUCUACCUCGGCGCCGUCCCGUUCCCGAGCGACGUGCCGCGCCUGCACGACCUGGGCGUCCGCGACGUGGUGACCCUCACCGAGCCCUACGAGCGGCUGGUGCCCAAGUCGCUGUACAUUAAACACAAGAUGGAGAACCUGGUGCUGCCAACCACUGACUACCUCUACGCGCCGUCCAAGGACGACCUCUGCCGUGCCGCGGCGUUCAUCCACAGCAGCGGGGAGCGAGGGAGAAAGACGUACGUGCACUGCAAGGCCGGGCGCGCGCGCAGCGCCACGGUGGUUAUGUGCUACCUGGUGCGGUACAAGGGGAUGACGGCGAAGGAGGCGUACGAUCACGUGCGGUGGUGCCGGCCCAGGGUGUCGCUGGCUCCGGCGCAGUGGCAGGCGGUCCAGGACUUCGAGGACUUCUACCGGCGGCCGGCCGGUGGCUCGGAGUGAAGCCAACCGCUCCAACUCUGCGGAUGGAUCAUCCGAGCGCGACGCUAGGUUUUGUGUAUAUAUAUAGCUUUGUAGCCGGGUACUGGACGUACGUGAGUAUCAAUGUUCGAACACUGUUCCGUUAAUUCUAAUAAGUACUCCCUCUGUUUUUAAAUAUUUGUCUUUCUAGAGAUUUCAACAAGUGACUACAUAUAGAGCAAAAUAAGUGAAUCUACACUCUAAAAUAUGUCUAUAUACAUCCAUAUAUGGUAGUUUAUUUGAAUCUCUAAAAAGACAAAUAUUUAUGAAUGGAGAGAGUAUAUAAAACUAAGGUAAUGUUUGUAUCUGGUCGACCGGCCGAAACUGC